GUUCCUUUGCACGCGCCUCUGCCAGCUGAAGCCGCGCGAGUUAACUGUUGGCUGUAUCGUUUUCGAUUUCCGUGGUCUCACCUGACGAACCCUCGUGGAACCCCGGGAUAUCGCGAUGAAGGGCACCAUGAACGCGAAGGAGAUACGGCAGGCCUACAUCGACUUCUUCAAGAGCAAGGGUCACGAAUACGUGCACUCGAGCUCGACGAUACCCCACGAUGAUCCGACCCUGCUCUUCACGAACGCCGGAAUGAAUCAGUUCAAGCCGAUAUUCCUGGGGACGGUCGAUCCCAACAGCGACAUGGCGAAGUGGGUGCGCGUCGUCAACAGCCAGAAGUGCAUUCGAGCUGGUGGCAAGCACAACGAUCUGGACGACGUUGGCAAAGACGUUUACCAUCACACGUUCUUCGAGAUGAUGGGAAACUGGUCCUUCGGCGAUUAUUUCAAGAAAGAGAUAUGCACCUGGGCCUGGGAAUUUUUGACAGAAGUACUGAAGCUACCAGGUGACAGAUUGUAUGUCACGUACUUUGGCGGGGACGAGAAGAGCGGAUUGGCGCCGGACGACGAGUGCAAGAAUCUCUGGCUUUCGCUUGGAAUACCUGCCUCGCACGUUCUACCGGGCAGCAUGAAGGACAAUUUUUGGGAAAUGGGCGAGACUGGACCCUGCGGACCGUGCAGCGAGCUGCAUUACGAUCGUAUCGGUGGCAGGGAUGCGGCUCAUCUCGUGAACAUGGACGAUCCCGAUGUGCUGGAGAUCUGGAAUCUGGUGUUCAUUCAGUACAAUAGGGAGUCGGACGGCAGCCUCAAGUCGUUGCCGAAGAAGCACAUAGACUGCGGCUUGGGCUUGGAGCGGCUGGUGUCGGUGAUUCAAAAUAAACGCGCUAAUUACGACACCGAUCUGUUCAUGCCUCUGUUCGCCGCGAUCGAGAAGGGUACAGGUGCCCCGUCCUAUCAAGGUAAAAUAGGAGCCGACGAUGUUGACGGGAUCGAUAUGGCGUACAGAGUUCUGGCUGAUCAUGCUCGAACUAUCACAAUCGCGCUGGCGGAUGGAGGAGUGCCUGACAACACCGGUAGAGGAUACGUGCUGAGGAGAAUUUUACGGCGCGCCGUGCGCUACGCGACCGAGAAGCUAAAUGCUAAGCCGGGCUUCUUUGGGACUCUCGUAAACGUGGUGGUGGACCUUCUGGGUGAUGUUUUUCCGGAAGUGAAAAAAGAUCCGCAGAGUAUUAUCGAGGUCAUCAACGAGGAGGAGACCCAAUUCUUGAAAACUCUAUCGCGGGGUCGUAACCUGCUGAAUAGAACGAUAACGAAGCUGGAGUCGACCGACACUGUGCCAGGUGAUGUCGCGUGGCGCUUGUAUGACACUUACGGUUUCCCGAUAGAUCUCACUCAGCUGAUGACCGAGGAGAAAGGCUUGAAAAUCGACAUGGCAGGCUACGAGGAAUCUAAGAAACAGGCACAGUUAAUUUCUCAAAACAAAGCCGGCGGUGUAGAUGAUCAAAUUAACUUGGAUGUCCAUGCCAUCACCGAACUGCAGAAGCAAGGUGUUAAACCGACAGACGAUUCACCCAAAUAUAAUUAUAAGGUAACGAAUGAUGUUAAAUGUAAGGAGUACGAAUUCGCAUCGUGCACUGGCACCGUAAUCGCGCUGAGACGCGCCAAGACUUUCGUCGACGAGGUAUCUUCCGGCGAGGAAGUUGGAAUUUUACUGGACAGAACGAACUUUUACGCGGAGCAAGGAGGACAGAUAUACGACGAAGGAUUUUUAGUGAAAGUCGACGAUGAGGCUACAGAGAUUCGCGUGAAGAACGUUCAAGUCAGAGCCGGUUACGUGUUGCACAUUGGUACCGUGGGCGAGGGCACAUUGAGGAAAGGCGAUAAGGUUCACGCGAAUGUGGACACGGAACGUAGACGGUUCGUGAUGGCAAAUCACAGUGCCACGCACGCCCUGAAUUAUGCGCUUAGGAAGGUCUUGGGGACGGAAGCCGAUCAGAAAGGAUCGUUGGUUGCACCUGACAGGCUCCGCUUUGACUUUACGAAUAAAGGACCGAUGACGGAAAAACAAUUGGAAUUGACGGAAGACUUUACCGUCAAAAUGAUCAAGGAAAACAAGAAAAUUUACGCUAAAGAGAGCAACUUGGCUAUAGCGAAAGCCAUUCAGGGUUUGCGCGCGAUGUUCGAAGAGACGUAUCCCGAUCCGGUACGCGUUAUUAGUAUGGGCGUGCCAAUCGAAAACUUGGAAAAGAAUCCCUUGAGUACAGCUGCGCUUGAAACCAGCGUGGAGUUUUGCGGGGGAACGCAUUUGCAUUACACCGGCCACAUAGGUGAUUUUAUAAUAGCCAGCGAGGAUGCCAUCGCUAAAGGUAUCCGGCGUAUAGUAGCGCUCACCGGACCGGAAGCGACGAAAGCCAUAAGAACGAUGAGGAUGUUGCAGGAACGGUUAGCUCAGAUUAAAGCAACGAUCGAAGCCGACAAGUCUGGAGCGAACUCCAAGGAGCACGUGAGAAAGAUAGUGGAACUGUCGGACGAGAUAUCUCAUGCCCUCAUUUCUGCGCACAGCAAGGAUAACAUGCGCAACGCGUUGAAAGAAUUGAAGAGAUCUCUCGACGACAAGGAACGGGCGGCAAAGGCGGCCGUCGCCACCACGGUUGUAAAGACCGCACAGUCUAUAAUAGAGUCCAAAGUUGGAUGCGAAGUAUUGAUCGAGGUGCUCGAGGCCUACAGUAAUACGAAAGCUCUGGACUCGGCGCUGAAGAAAAUCCGAGCUAUAUCGCCGGAAACUAGUGCCUUGCUUAUAAGCGUCGAUCGCGACGUCAAUAAGAUAUUCGCGCUCAGUUCUGUUCCCAAAUCGGCGGUAUCCAAAGGGCUGAAGGCAAAUGAAUGGAUCCAGGCGAUCGCGUCUCUGAUGCAGGGCAAAGGAGGUGGAAAGCCCGAAUCCGCGCAGGCUUCCGGUUCAAAUAUAACAUGUUUGAACGAAGUAGUAAGCAAGGCCAAUGAGUUUGCCUACCAAAAACUUGGGAUUGCAAACCACAAUACUGCUAAAGGUGCUUGUAAGCCUUCAGAAACUAUUCAAUUACUUAACGCCGCGGGGCCUUCAUUAAACUUGGUACUUUAUGGGAAUAUCGGGAGCACUAAGUGUUGCUUGGCACAAAUAAUCGCGCAGUACAGCGGCAAACGUUUGACCGUUAAGCAAGUCGACGAUAAAAUUUAUCCUAGCGACGUAGCGUUAGAGACAGCGGAUGUUACGUUACACCAUAGCAAUGCCAUCGCGUUCUUUCUGUCGAAUUCGCAGCUACGGCGUGACGACGAUUUGUUCGCGUCCAGUCAAGUCUUGCAAUGGAUGAGCCACGUGCAAAAUCACAUCUCACCGGUGGUCAGCGGCUGUGCGCUUCUGUCGCUCGGCGUUUCCGUACCGGAUGCGAAAGCAGAGGAGAAUAGAACGGUGAAAGUGGCGGAUCUUCUUCACGUUCUGAGAGGCCUGGACGACGUAUUACGUACGAGGACGUACUUGAUAGGGGAGAGGAUCACGCUCGCGGAUAUAUCCCUUUUCACCGCACUGCUGCCUCUAUACGAAUAUGUAUUUGAUUACAGAAAGAAACGCACGAACAGAAAGCAACAUGGCUUUAAUAUAUCUUACAAAAAGCGAUAUACGAAUUUGAACAGGUGGUUUUCGACGAUUCUGAAUCAGCCGCAGGUGAAAUGUGUCGUGGAGAAUUUUGCAUUUUCCUCAUAAGUUACGCGCUUGUUAACCGCCAUUGCGAGGACUCAAGGACAUAAGGGACUCUUUAUACACAUUUUUAUGGAUUUAUUUACGGAUUUAUUAU